AUGGCUGUCAACGCCGUCGUUGCCUCUUUCAGAACUGGCUUGCUUGUUGCUGAUACUGCUAGAAGGGUUGACCAUUCGCAGAACAUGGACCAAAGCUGGGCACUUCUCGUUCCGGGACAGAAGGCGUCUGAGGGCGUUGAAGAGUUUUGCAAUGAGAGUGACCUUCCAUUGACAAGCAGACCUUACAUAAGCGCCUAUGCCCCUAAUGGCAUCACCGUCAGCGGUCCCCCACAGCGCCUUAUUGAACUUGCACAAUACUUGGCUGGCAAGAGUAUUACUUCUAAGAGUAUUCCAAUACGUGGCGCUUAUCAUGCACCGCAUCUCUACUCUCAGGAGAAUGCACGAGGAAUCAUCGCAAGUUUGAUGCUCAACAAAGCCACAGCUCUUUCUGAACAGAUUACUCUUCUCUCAAGCACUGGCAUCAAGCCUGAUGAACGCAGUUUCACUACACUCCUAGAAGAUGCUGUCGCUCAGGUUUUGAUUCAUCCUCUCCGCUGGACUUCCAUCUUCAAGGAGGUGCAAGCUUCCUUGGAAGAUGCUUCUUCUGAGAAGUUCACUGUUGUGCCAUUUGGUACCAACGCUGAGUAUCUUAUCUACACUGCUCUCAAGAAGACCUCUCUUCGCCCUCUUGUCCCUGAUACCAUAGCCCCGAGUCAAAAGAUUCCCGUCGGAGACAUCCCUGAUUCGGGUACCGCCAAGCCAAAGCUUGCUAUCGUUGCCAUGUCAGGUCGCUUCCCCGGCGCAAAGGACAAUGAAGCAUAUUGGGAUCUUCUCUACAAAGGCUUGGAUGUUCACAAGCCAGUCCCAAGUCUUCGCUGGGAUCAAAAGACUCAUGUCGAUCCAACUGGAAAGGCCAAGAACACUAGCGCCACCCCGUUUGGCUGCUGGCUCGAUGAGCCUGGUCAAUUUGACGCUCGCUUCUUCAACAUCUCUCCUCGUGAGGCUCCUCAGGUUGAUCCCGCUCAGAGACUUGCUCUCAUGACAGCCUAUGAAGCGAUUGAACAAGCUGGUAUAGUCCCAGAUGCUACUCCCUCCACUCGUCCUGAUCGCGUCGGUGUAUUCUACGGUGUCACCAGCAACGAUUGGAUAGAAACGAAUAGCGCGCAGAACAUCGAUACGUACUUCAUCCCCGGCGGCAACAGAGCUUUUAUCCCAGGCCGCAUCAACUACUUCUUCAAGUUCAGCGGCCCCAGCUAUGCUGUCGAUACAGCCUGUUCGUCCAGUCUCGCGGGUAUUCAUCUCGCCUGCAACGCCCUCUGGCAAAACGACGUCGAUACUGCCAUCGCAGGUGGAACAAAUGUUCUAGCAAACCCUGAUUUCCACGCUGGCCUUGACCGUGGACACUUUCUGUCUCGUACAGGAAACUGUAAGACCUUUGAUGAUGGCGCUGAUGGGUACUGUCGAGGCGAGGGUAUCGCGACGAUCAUCAUGAAAAGGCUUGAUGAUGCCCUUGCCGAGAAUGAUCCCAUUCUUGGUGUUGUCCUAGGCGCGUAUACGAACCAUUCUGCCGAGUCGGAGAGUAUCACCAGGCCACACGCCGGAGCUCAACAAGCCAUCUUUAACAAGAUUCUCAAUCAGGCAGACGUUGAUCCGUAUACGGUUGGCUAUGUCGAGAUGCAUGGAACAGGCACUCAGGCGGGCGAUGCGACAGAAAUGUUGUCUGUUCUAGAUACAUUCGCACCACCAGUCUCAGGCUCCAGGCCCUCUCGCCCAAAUGACCAGAAGCUGUAUAUUGGUUCAGCAAAAGCCAAUAUCGGUCAUGGAGAGGCAGCCUCUGGUGCAUGCAGUGUCAUCAAAGUCUUGCAGAUGAUGCAGAAGAACACUAUUGUCCCACACUGCGGCAUCAAGACCAAGAUCAACCAUCGUUUCCCGACAGACUUGGAGGAGCGCAAUAUUCGAAUUGCAUUUGAACCCACACCUUGGGAAAGAAUCAAUCUUGACACUCCCAGACGAGUCAUGGUGAACAACUUCAGUGCUGCAGGUGGUAACUCUGCUUUGUUGAUUCAAGAUGCGCCACCCAAGAAACAACUUGCUUCUGGAAAGGACACUCGAGUUCAAUUUUCCAUCGCUUUUACUGCGAAGAGCGGCGUUUCUCUACAGGGUAAUCUGAGGUCGAUGCUCAAGUUCCUGGCUGGGAGUCCUGAUAUCUCGCUUGCUGAGCUUUCGUACACAACCACUGCUCGACGCAUCCAUCACCAACAUCGGGUCCUGAUCUCAGGCUCUACCCCGAGUGAGAUCUGUAACAAGAUCGAGACUGCUCUUGAGAGCAACACUGGAGUCAAUCGUCCCAAGAGUGCACCCAAGGUUGUGUUUUCCUUCACUGGUCAAGGGGCUCAGUACCCAGGAAUGGGGAAGCAGCUCUUCGAAGAAAACACCUUUGUGCGCAAUGAACUCCUCCAACUAGACCAAAUUGCUCAGAAUUUGGGAUUCCCCUCUAUGCUACCCUUCAUCCAGUCUGAAGAACCAGAUGUCGCCAAGUUUGCGCCGUCGCUAGUCCAACUCGCCAGUGUUUCUCUUCAGAUCACACUAAGCAAGCUCUGGGCCUCUUGGGGCAUUGUUCCUAGUGCAGUCGUCGGACACAGUCUUGGGGAAUACGCCGCUCUCAAUGUCGCCGGUGUACUUUCCGACACCGAUACCCUCUUCCUGGUCGGUAGUAGGGCACAAUUGCUUGAGACCAAGUGCACUCGAGGUACGCAUGCUAUGCUUGUGGUCAAGGGGUCUCAGGAUGAGAUCGCCGAGGCUUUGAGAGGCGAAGAGUACGAGACUGCCUGCAUUAAUUCCCCCAUCGAGACUGUCCUUGCUGGUCCCAACGAUCAAGUCACCAAGGUCAAGGAGAUUCUCUCUUCAGAGAGCUUCAAGACAACUUUGCUCAAGGUCCCUUAUGCUUUCCACUCAUCUCAACUUGAGCCAGUUGUUGCAGAGAUUGAGAUGUUAGCGAGCAAGGUAUCAUUCUCGGCGCCCAGCAUUCCCAUUCUCUGUCCUCUUGAUGGCACUGUAGUUGAGGAUGACGACGUCUUUGGCGCUUCUUAUCUUGCAAAGCACUCGCGCCAACCUGUUAACAUGCUUUCCGCUCUCGCAACAGCUUAUCGGGAGGGUACAAUCAGCGAUCGCCACAUGAUGCUCGAAGUUGGUCCUCAUCCUGCUGUUACGGGCAUGGUCAAGCCCACUCUCGGCCAACAGAUAACAUGCAUUGCCUCCCUCCAACGUGGCAGAGCACCAUGGGAGAUGCUCUCCGCUGCACUCAAGACACUCUUUCCAGGUUCGCACUCUGUCGUUGCCCUUCCAGCUUACAGUUGGGAGCUCAAGGAUUACUGGAUCAAGUAUGUGAAUGACUGGUCACUCCGAAAGGGUGACCCUCCUCUGGUCAUCAACAACGCGCCCAAACUUGAGAGCACCACCAUUCAUCGCGUUGUUGAGGAAGAAGGCGACUCUAACAAGAUCCACAUCAUUGUCGAGGCGGACAUUGCUCGCAAGGACUUGAGCCCACUCGUCCAAGGACAUGAAGUCGACGGUAUCCCUCUAUGCACCCCAUCUGUGUAUGCCGACAUUGGUUUGACUCUGGGCAAGUACCUUCUUGAGAAGUAUCAACCCCAGAACAGGGAUAACAUGGUUGUUGUCUCGGACAUGACUGUUUCCAAGGCUUUGAUCUUGCGAGGCGAUGGUUCGAAGCAACCCAUUCAGGCUCAUGCUGAAGCUGACUGGUUGUCUCAAUCUGUGGCUAUCAAGUUCAUGUCUUUUGAUAACAAGGGUAAUCUUCAAGAACACUCUGCUUGUGUCGUCCGCUACAAGGACAGAACUCACCAGAAGACCCUACAAUCUGAGGCCCAGCAAACCAAGCGAAAGAUACAGAAUCUUCGUGAUCAAGUCACGACCGACGAAAGCGCUCGCUUUAACCGCCCCAUGGUCUACCGCAUGAUUCGUCCCCUUGCGCGUUUCCACGAUGACUACCGUGCUAUCGACGAAGUUGUGCUCAACAGUGAAACUCUCGAAGCAUCCAGUAAGAUCAGUUUCGGCACUGUGAAGCGCGAGGGAGAUUAUCACACUCACCCUGCUGUCAUUGAUUCCCUUACCCAAUCUUGCGGUUUCGCCAUGAAUUGUAAUGACCAUACCGACAUUGACGUCGAUGUGUACAUGAAUCAUGGUUGGGGAUCACUGGAGCUCUUUGAGGCUUUAGACUUUGAGAAGGAGUAUACUACCUACACGCAGAUGCAUGCUGGUGAGGACAAGCUAUGGUAUGGCGAUGUGACCGUCUUUGACGGGGACAGGGUCGUUGCUUUCUUUGGGCAGAUUGCGAUCCAAGGUGUUCCUCGACGAGUUCUCAAGGUCAUUCUCUCCAUUGAGAGUGGUAAGAAAGGUCAACCUCAGCGCCCGGUUCAGGAUAAACCUCAAACCACUUCCAAGCCCUCGGCCACGCCAUCACCCAAGCCGACCCAGAACAAGCCAGCAGCCAAGAUGGAACCAACAAAGUUCUCCACUGCCCUUCGUAUCAUCUCAGAAGAGAGCGGUAUCGAAAUUUCCGACUUUACGGACGGAACCACCUUUUCAGAUGUAGGCAUCGACUCCCUCUUAGGUCUCACAAUAUCCGCUCGGUUCCAAGAAGAACUUGACAUCGACCUCGACUUCAACGCCCUUUUCUUCGAACAUCCCACCGUCAAAGACCUUCGCAACUUCCUUCAAGGUCCAGAAGAAGACGUCAGUGGUAGUUCAUCUUCCGCAGCCAGCGACUCUGGCAAAGACAACAACACGUCUGGAAGUACUACUCCUGAACUUCACGAGGAGUUUGUCAAGUCCAUCGACGUCGAGUUUGAGCGUGCCCUUGAGAUCAUCUCUGAAGAGAGUGGUGUUGCGCGCGCUGAUUUGGAUGAUGACACCAAUUUUGCCGACUGUGGUGUUGAUUCGCUUUUGUCGCUGGUCAUUGCGAGUCGUUUCCAGGAUGCCUUUGAGCUGGAUGUUGGACACGAGCAGUUGUUCAUGGAGUGCCAGACGGUCGCUGAUCUUAGGACUAUGCUUACCAAAGAGAUGGGCAUUGUUGAAGCACCGCCUGUUGUCGCUAUUGGAGUCCCUGCGCCUGUUGUUUCGGAAGCUAUCGCUAAAGAGACUUCCAUUACUCACAGCGAUGUCUCUGCCCUUGCAUCGCGAGAAAAGGCCAUCACUGAUCUCGUCCACAAGUAUGCCGCUGGCUUUUCUGCGCCUACUUCGACCCCCUCUGCUUCCCCUGUCGGAAAGAAUGACAACGUCGUUCUCGUCACUGGUGCGUCUGGUGGUCUUGGUAGUCACCUUGUCUACGCUCUCGCCCAACUUGAAGAUGUUAGCACAGUCAUUUGCCUCAAUCGUACAAACAGAGAGGAUCCCGAGACCCGACAGUACAAGGCUAUGAGAGAUAAGGGUAUUCGAUUCCCAGAGAAUCUCAAGUCCAAGCUGCGAAUCUUCCAGACCGACACUUCGAAGCCCAAGCUGGGACUUGAAGAUAGCGAGUACGCUUCCAUGGUACAGAAUGUAACUCACAUCAUUCAUAAUGCCUGGCCCAUGAGUGCCAAGCGUCCUCUUUCGGGUUUCGAGUCUCAAUUCCAAGUCUUCCGCAAUCUUCUGGAUCUCGGCCGGGAGUGCGCCUCUAGUCGUCCUGAGACCUUCAAGUUCAGCUUCCAGAUGGUAUCAUCUAUCGGUGUUGUGGGUCAAUGGGGUCUCGCAGCUGGUCAAACAGGCAAGAUUGUUGUUCCUGAAGAGAGAGCUACUAUCGAUUCACUUCUUGGUAAUGGCUACGCCGAAGCGAAAUGGGGCUGUGAGAGAAUGCUUGACGAGACUCUUCACAAGUAUCCCAACCGAUUCCGUCCCAUGGUUGUCCGUCUUGGUCAAAUCGCUGGAUCCAAGACAAGCGGUUACUGGAACCCGAUGGAGCACUUUGGGUUCCUCAUCAAGUCUUCGCAGACGUUGAACGCUCUCCCUGACGUGGACGGAAACCUGAACUGGACACCUGUCAACGACAUCGCUGAUACUCUCACCGAUCUCGUCUUGUCUGACCAAGUCCCUCAUCCGAUUUAUCACAUCGAUAACCCAGUUGGUCAACAAUGGCGAGACGUCAACGACAUUCUCUCCGACACUCUACGUAUUCCUAACAAAGUGCCUUUCAAAGAAUGGCUCGACCUGGUACGAAAGGCACCUCAACAGGAUAACCCUGCCGCUUUACUAGCAGAUUUCCUGGAGGAUACUUAUCUGCGCAUGGCAUGCGGUGGUCUUGUACUCGAUGUAAAGCAUACUCUUGAACACUCCAAGUCUCUGGCGGCAGUUGGACCUGUUUCAGAGACCGUGGUAAGGAAGUAUAUCCAUAUCUGGAAGGAGAUUGGGUUUUUGAAGACUACUGCGGAGGAUAGGGCGGGCUUUGAAGCUGAGAGAUUGCGACUUUGGGGACCUAGGAAAUAA